AUGGACGCAUCGAUACCCGUUUUUGAAAAGCCCCAUCCGCGUUUGUCUGUACAAGACUGGACAAGAAACAUUCAAAGGUUACAGAAUGAGGCUCAGUACCGCCGUUUUGAGUCAUACGAGUUAAGGCAAAGGGCUAAUCAACUAAGGAAUGAAUCUGAUGUGACUACUAGAUGGGAUACGUAUGUUAAUAAUGAACUAUUACGGGAUAGAAUGUUCGAAGUUCACACUUGGCGUGAGAAACAAAGGUUCACUAGAGAAUGUGUAAGAGAUGAAAUAAGAGCAUUAAAGGAAGAGAAGAAUGCUUCAGAACUGCACCUGGAGUCUCUUCAAGUGCCGUUGAUGGUCAUAUCCUCUUGUCUGUCCAAUAGAGAUCAGAGAUUACCGCCGGAGUUGACCAGAGACCAGUUAGGAGAAGAAUUAAAUAAGGAACUCCAUAUCACAGAAAAUAGCAAACGUGUGUUAAUAGAUGUAUGUCAUAUGGGUUGGGAAAAGAUUAAAGAGCUCACCAACGUACUCUGUCGGCUGGAGCGAGAGAUCAAGAACAAAGACGAGACCUUAGAAUUGGAACAUCACGUUAAGGAUCUUUCAAGGGACAGCUCUGAUAUAAGCUACAAGUUGGACCCAACUCGUGUGCCAGCGGAAUCCAUGUCAGAAGAAAGUUACGUCCAUUGCAUAGAGAACACGAUCAAAAUCGCGGAACAAUUAAUGUCUGAGUCAAAGGCUCUUCGAGAGACGAUGUUCAGGACCAGAGAAACUGCUAGAAAUCAGAUGCACGCGCAGUGCCAGCAGGUGGAGCUAGUUAUGCGAAGAAGAGUAUUUGAUAUACAAAGGGCCCGGAAUGAGAUGGAGUGGCAAAAAUACAAGCUGGAACAAAAUCUUGCCAAAGUUGAUAAAGAGAUUGAGUAUUUACGAGCAGCGGUCGCAGAUAAAAUAAACCCGACGAAGUGUGUGGAAACACGACUGGAGAUGAGAACUAGACGCCCAGUACUUGAAAGAGUUACGGAUAAACCCAUGCGUGGGCUCAUUGAAGAGUUUGAGAGGGUUCACACCAGUCAUAAUUUGUUGGAGAAGAAGUUAGAAGAAGCUAUGACUACUUAUCAUGGCAUGUAUGACCAUCAUCAGCGUGUCACUAAGGACCUGCAGUACAAGAACCAGGCUUUGGAGACAGAUCGAAGACUGAUAGAGAUCCGCAAACCUCUUCACUCACCUGAAGAGACCGAAUUCAAAAGGAACGUGGGUUAUUGUCAUUUGAGUGAGGAGUUGGUACCCGUUUAA